UCGUGGCCGUGAUUAAAUUAACCAUUACGUCAGCGGAGCAGAAGUGAGUGCGUGCGAAGCCGCACGCAUCCAGCACGGCAUAAACUCCAACUCCCGUGCAGCAUUGACACAUCAAUAAACUACAAGACCCGAAGUUCCGUAUGUUACGCGUGCGCAACAGACCCAAAAUAUUGAAAUGAACUACAAAUCGACGGCGAGAGGACUACAAUUUGUCGGGGACCUGCGCGUUAGGAGUCCCGAGUCCUUUAAAUGUACUGUACGUGCAAAGAUGGCAGCUGAAGUCGAGUUGCUGCGUGCGAAAGUAGAAGAAGAAAAGGUGAGGGAUAGUCUCGAUCGGUUUAUCAAAGAGAAGAAAAAGAAGAAGAAGAGGGACCUGUCGCCGUCAGCUGACAAACGGGAGAGGUCUGAGAAAGAAGCGAAGAAAGUGAAGCUCCAUCACCACCACCUCAACCACCAACACGCUGAGCACCGGACCCACCAGCCGCAUCAGCUGCAGCAAAAUCCCAAAGCCCACAACUUCAGCGCGGAUAAACAUGUCCUGCACAGCCACCACCACCAUCACCACCACAAUCACAGUCUCACCAACGGUGCAAAGAAGAGCCUGCCGCCGACUGUGCCUCCCCCGCCGCCGCGGAAGGCACCAGGGCAGCUGCAGAAAAAACGAGCGGUGCCGUCCGAGCCACCUGCGCUCUUCACUUUCACGCCUCUCAAAGUGGUCAAGGCCAAGCCCCAGGAUUUCAAAGAAAAGCAUCGGGACAAAGACCUGAAACUGAAGCUCAAGAAGGAGAACACCGAGGCCAACGUGAAACACACGGAACCGAAGAAAAAGAAGGAGCAAAGACCUCACAACGAGAACAUCAAGUCCCUAACACUGGAGGAAUAUCUCCUGAAGAAGAAGAAAAAGAAGAAGAAGCAUCGCGAGGAUGAGCACAGCGGCAAGAAGGUCCGAUACAUGCACAACAAAGCAGUUCAGACUGUAUGUGCAGGGCUUGGAACAGAUCUUACUCUGCCUGUUCGCCCUGAUCUGUCCUUGCCUGGCACAGUGAAGCACGAAAGCAGUCGCCAGCCAAGCAGAGACACUAUGGACAACCACCAAGCCUACCUCCACGCUCUCAAACUGGGACACGUCCCUUUCCUCUCCCACCAAGAUCACUACAUCCGCAGUUCCUCCCUCCAGACGGGCACUUGGUAUGGGCGCCUCAUGCAUGAGGAAAGGCAAGCCAAUGGUGGGGGAUCAGUUCUGCAUGCCUAUGCCGAUGAGCUAGCUUGCCUCAGCCCAGCUGAGGUGGAGUGCUUCGCCCAGGAGUUCCUGGAGCUGGCCUUUGCUGAGAAGCCGAAAGGUGCAGCUUCCUAUGCCUUGGCAGUGGUGCAUAGUGCGGCCGCCUACCUGCCCGACUUCCUGGACUACUUUGCCUUCAACUUCCCCAACACGCCAGUCAAAAUGGAGAUACUGGGCAAGAAAGACAUUGAGACCACCACUAUUGCCAACUUUCACUCUCAGGUGAAUCGGACUUACUGUUCAGGAACAUACCGGGCCGGACCCAUGCGGCAAAUCAGCUUGGUGGGAGCUGUGGAUGAGGAAGUUGGAGACUAUUUCCCAGAGUUCCUCGACAUGUUGGAGGAAUCGCCCUUUCUCAAGAUGACCCUACCAUGGGGAAGCCUCUCCAGUCUAAAGCUGGACUGUCGCUCUCAAAGUGAUGAUGGGCCCAUCAUGUGGGUACGACCAGGAGAACAAAUGGUUCCCACUGCUGACAUGCCCAAGUCCCCUUUCAAACGGCGCAGGUCUAUGAAUGAGAUAAAAAAUCUGCACUAUCUGCCGAGGGCCAGUGAACCCAGGGAGGUUCUGUUUGAGGACCGGACUAAGGCUCAUGCGGAUCAUGUCGGUCAGAGUUUUGACUGGCAGAGCACUGCAGCUGUUGGAGUGCUGAAGGCAGUGCACUUUGGAGAAUGGAACAACCGACCUCGGAUAACCAAAGAUGUAGUGUGUUUCCAAGCUGGGGACUUCAAUGAAGUUGUCCAGAGACUGCAGCUGGAUCUGUAUGAACCCCCAGUGUCUCAGUGUGUCCAGUGGGUGGACGACGCCAAGCUGAACCAGCUGAGGAGGGAAGGCAUCCGCUAUGUCCGCGUCCAGCUCUGUGACGAUGACAUUUACUUCAUUCCGAGGAACGUCAUCCAUCAGUUCAAGACAGUGUCUGCAGUCUGUAGCCUGGCCUGGCACAUUCGUCUCAAACAGUACCAUCGGGACGAGAAGGUCAAGGAGGAGGAGCAGCAGCCGAACGAUCUCAGCCCCACCUCAGGCCGAGUGUCUUUUUCCUCCCCUGCCAGGCCCGAUGCCACUGUAACCCCCUGUGCAAGACCACAGGGAGACAACAUCCAGGGCGGGGUAGCCAAGACUGAAGAACCAGAGUUCCAGAGGCCAGCAACACCUCCCCAGGAACCUCAGCCGGCUGCUCCACAGCCCACCAAAUCUACUCACUUGCCCCCAGCUUACCAGGAUCCCCACUUUUCCUUGGCCCCAGUCCACUCUGGCUGUACACCUUCAGGAGAGCCUACACUUCCAAAAGCUUUUGGCCACAGUGCAGAGUUCCCUAAAUGAUCUUUCUCCUCCACCACAACUUCUCUCUCUCUGUCCACUGUGGGUGGAGCGUGUGUGAAGGAGUUUUAGACUAAAACUGACAACUGACUGUCAAUCAGGAAGCCUUUCGACUUAAAUUAUUCUUCACAUUUUUUUAAAAUCUUUAAUUGUUGGUUAAAAUAUCCCCCGUGGGUUUCUUUUCUUCAGCCAAAGUUAUACUGUUUGAUCAGACUAUGAAAUGCAUUUUGUUAUUUUUUUAUGUGGUCACACCUAAACUGGAACUCUCUGCUGUCAAAUUGAAAAGGUGUGCGUCGUGUGUUUUCAGACAAUAUAAGUUGCAACCCUUACUGCAAGAGACAAACUUUGAAUUUACGUUCAAGGCUCAGCUGUUAUCUCUUGACAACAUUAUCUCAUUGAAGUACUGAAGUCAUAAAUCCAGGUGGACUGACUGUUUACAUCUUUAAAAUAUGAUUACCCUGAAAGCAUGAUACUGACAUUAUACUGCUUUAUUAGUUUCAGAGGCAUGCAGAUUAACUUCCCCAGAAGAUACUGCAGGAUUGUCAGUUGUCUGCAAAGUGCAGCGAGGCCUUUGCAGUGUGAAUCAAAAGCCCAGCACAUCUUGGAAUUCGUGGAUUGGCCACAGUCAGUAAAGACAGAAAAAUCAAAAACAGUUUGUCUUUUACUUUGAAAGACUUUAAAGCAUUUUCAUAUAACCCGAGGAGGAGACAUUUUCCUUUAUUUUGAAACUAAGCUUCAUACAAGCAAUUAUCUAAUUAUGCUAAGCACUUAAAACUUUCUUUUCAGCUUUAUAAGUUGCAGUUACGGUAAUUCUUUUAUUUAAAUGCCAUUUUAUACAGUGCCCCCUUUUCUUACUGUUGAUACUGUUUUUGAUAUUUUAUUUAUUUUCUUAAGAUUGAACAUAUGAACACAGGUUUAUAACCAGUGAUGAAUAUUUAAGAUAAUGAUCUAAUUGUAGGAGCUUCUCUAACUGAUAAAGGAAUUACAGCUAUUGCUAAUAGUGAAUCUUUUCUUCAGGUGCGCAGUGUGUCUUCAGAAUUUGGUAUGUAUAUAUUGUUCUGUUGUUAUCACUGGGAAUAUGUGAAUGCUGUCAGCGCACUCAUUCUUCAUUUGAUUAAAAUCUAUUCACACUUUUAGUUUAGCUGGUAAUGUCACUAGGUUGAUGAGGGCACUGUUGUAGAGGGUUACCAUGGUUGUAUCCACUUUUCGGAAUGUGGUUUUGUGCUACCAGACCAUUUUGGGUUUGUUUUUUUUUUCUCGUAGGCAUAGAAACGUUUUACAGAGUGAGGCCUCCUACAGAUUCUGUCCUAAAAUACUUUAAAGUUUAAUGAGGUCACCCAGUAAUUCUAAUUGGAAAUUUAAAGUUCAUCUGACGCUUACGGAGGUCUUCAUUAUGUAGUCUUCUAAAAUUCUUGCUAUAAAGGAAGUGAUACUUCCUUUGCUCUACCACUGACUACAUCUUAGUGCCUUGUACUGUAUAGGGUUAGCCUCAUUUAAACCUGUGAGGUUUAUUUGUUGGAGAGCAGGAUGUAAAAUGGGGAUUUGCCAAGCAGCCAUAGAAUAUCAUGUUUUUAUUUUUUACAAAAAAAAAAAAAAUGUUCUCAUGGUUCUUUUUGAUUUCUACAUUUGCAUGUCACCUGGAAGCAAAUGAUUAUUGCAUCAUAGCG